GAAUCAGAAUAUAUACAUAUAUAUAUGUGUGUGUGUGUGUGUGUGUGUGUGUGUGUAUGUAAAUAUAUGUGCAAGCACACACACAUACAGUAUCAUGCAAUCACAUGUUCUAUCAUGUGCACAAUCACAUGCACACACAUGCACAGGCGCGUACACACACACACACGUACACACACACAAAUAUAGUCUGUAUGAGAAUGGGGUUGUUUUGUUUUUAUAAUUUAAGAUGCAGUUUCAGAGCCAUACAGAGCAGGCAGAAUGAGGCAUUCUGAAAGACCCAUUCAGCGUGUGUGUUUGGGGAGGCGGCUCUCUCCGCGACACGGGUCUACACACAGCUUUUUAAAUUGGCUCUGUGGUUACAGUACUGGCUCUAUGGCCCGCAGACCCCUCCCAGUACAGUAAUGAAUGGUGCAGUGUCAAAGGGCACGACUGAGACUUUACACACAGGCAUGAAAGAGAAGAAUAUGAGCGGUGGAUUAGUGUUAAACAUAAAGUGACCGACAAGGUUGACAGUAAGUUUAAAUCAUCUCCUUUCUCCUUCUGAGGGAAUGAAAAACCCCUGAUAAGAUCUGAGAAAAUAAUGAUAACACAGUAAUGAGCUUAUAAUUAUAUGAAGCACAUUAAAACACAGCUGCAGCAUGCUUUCUCAGUACAGUUAAAAGGGAAAAAGACGUACAGCCGGUACAGAUGGAAAUAGAAACCAGCUGGACAUAUGAGAGAGAGGUCUGACUGAGGCAGGAGUGGAGCGAGCAGCAGCAGUCCAAGCGAAGAGACAAAGCAUGAAUGACUCUCUCCACAUCGGAACGGGGGGGAAAGAAAACGACUUAAUCUUACAAAUGGUCUCCACCGGAAGAAGGACGACAGCACUACAUCCUUCGCUGGCUGUUUUAUACUUAACUCAGAGAUCAAAGUAUUCGUACUUGCUCUAAAUACACCUCGCUGGUUGGCUGGGUCAGCUGCGUACCAUGUGAUCAGUGCUCUUGUUGCCGAGCGGCUCCCGGGUGGCUGUGGGGCACAGCUGUUGCCCCUGUCCUGCAGAGGAGGCUGUGUGGAAUCGGCUGUGGCCUGCAGGGUUAGUAGUGUAGUAGUGGGGUGGUAAUGAGCGGGGGGUGCUACCCAAUGAGCCGGCCCUGAGCUGGUUUCCCCGCGGCAGCAGGCUCAGAAUAGUGGGCAGAGUGGUUCUGCCGGUUCAGUGCAGGCAGGAUUUCAGCUGGUUACAGACGUCUCCCUCAGCCCAAAGCCUUACUGUGUGUUAGAGGAGAGAGUCUGCUGAGAUGACUUGACAAAAUGGAGGGUUCAGCUCUCUGGUACCUGUUAGCACUCAGGUACCUGUUAGCACUCGGAUACCUGUUAGCAUUCAGGUACCAGGGGCAGGUGAGGGGAGAUUCUUAUCUAUCUGUGUGGCUGGUGAAGGCCCCGUCAUUGUGGAUUUGCUGUCCUUCUCCAUUCACCCGCCUCUCUGUGUGUGAACACAUAUUCACAUAUUUUCCUGCUGACUUGAGCCCUUUCACUGUUUCCGCACGGAGAAUUGACUACCACUGCGCCCAUGAAACUUUAGCAGUGGUGACAGAACCUUCUGAAACUGCAGUGAUCCAGGAAAACACCUACUCUGUCUGGAUGUGUGAAGCGCAGAGUCAGAUUUUCCUUGUAAAAGUCUUUGAAAGGAAAUAGCCUCUUUGCCAUCAGAAUUCUUAAGCCAGGCUGGCUGCCCGGAAUAGUCUAUAAAUCCUGAAGGGACUCUCUCUCUCCCUCUACCUGACGGGUCUCUCUCUCUCCCUCCCUCCAUGGUUUUGCUGGGUUGCUGUUAUUUGACAUGACAAAGCAUUUAUGAGCACACGCAGUAAAAUGUCCUGUGUUAAUUCAGCUCUAACGACAUCAGUUCAGCUCUUAACAAAUAACAUUUGUUCCCGCUCUGGAAUGUGGGACCAGAUGUUAUCUGUUAAGUGUUGAAUUAACACUGUUGGAGCUGAAUUAACGCUGUGUGACGUUUCACCGUGUGUGCAUUACCAAACCUGAACCGCACUUACGACAUGCGCUUGCGUCUCUUCCUCCGUCUCCAACGGACCUCUCUGGAAUAGUUGCACAAGACCCUCCUCUUUUCCCCCCAGCGGUCGCUCAGAGCGUGAGUGAGCGGGGGAGCGACCUGGCGCCUUCUCCGAAAAGCGCUGAGGAGCGUGGUCUGAGCCUCGGGGCUGCGGACGUGCUCCGCUUCCCCUCUCCGUUCUGGACGCCACGCGGCGGAAGUGUUGUGAAAGGCGCUGAGCAAGCAGCGGCGGGCUUCCUCCGUGCCGAGCGGCGAAAGGGGCGGGGCCGCCCGCGAACGCGCCGCGAGCCGCGCUCCAGACGAGCGGUGGGGGGGUUCCACCGGAGCCCGUUCACACAUUCGUGAUCCCCGUCCCGCCCUUUUUUUUUUUUAGAGAUGCACGCGCUCGCGUUGGCGGUAAUUGGCCCGAACAGCCGUGCGUUAAACGGGGUCAGCGGUAAAUCAUUUGGCGGAUGCGUAGCGACGGAGGGCCGGCUUUCUCUGGGCCUCUGCGCUUUACAGGCGUUUAAUUCGGGCUGCCUGCCUUGGCAAGGCCCUGCGCUUAAAGAGGGCACAGGCUCAUGUGUAACUGCGCUCUGCUGACUAGACAACCGUGCAAGCAUAAACAUUUCAGAGACCUAAAUACAGAGUGCUGGCUUUGACCGGCAGAGGAGGAAUGGGGGCGGGGGCUCGGUCUAAGUAGGGCAAUCGGAGUAGUCUCUGGGACUGAAAAGGCUCAUCGACUCGUUCGCUGUGGAGAUCGGAGAGCUGAAGCAGGAGAUGUCAUUGGACGGGGACCCCCCCACGGUGGCCCUGCGGGGGCCAGAGGAGGAGGUGAGCGGGGUGUACCUACAGCCUCCCCCCACCGGGGGCGCACCUGGGACCAGGGACUCGGGAUACUCCUCCCUGCGCAGACGCAUGAGCGUGCUGGACAGGCUGGUGCAGACGCACCCCAUCUGGCUGCAGCUGUCUCUGAGCCACGAAGAAGCCGCCAGCAUCCUCACACUGCAGCCGCCUGGGACGUUCCUGGUGAGAAAGUCCUCCAGGCUCCAGAAGAAGGUGAUUUCCUUGCGUCUGGACGAUCCUGGAUCCCCAGUCCGAGACUUCCCCGUGAAGGAGAGCCAGUACACCUUUUCAUUGGAAGGUUCCGGGAUCAGCUUUGCAGACCUCUUCCGUCUGGUGGCUUUCUACUGCAUCAGCAGGGAUGUCCUGCCGUUCCCCCUGCGGCUGCCGGAGGCCAUCGCUGCAGCCCGGACCCACGCCGAGCUGGAGGAGGUGGCUCAGCAGGGAGCAGCAUUCUGGGACUCGGCCCGUGGCGGCAGGAGGAGGGACUCGGAGCGUCAGCCGGAGCUCAGACAGAACCGGGGGAGCAGAGCGGCCUCGCUGCCCGUCCUGCGCACGCGCGCCCCGUCCCAGGUGGAGUGCAGCCAGCCCAACGGGGCGCUGUGCUUCAUCAACCCCCUGUUCCAGCGGGCGCCCCGGCCCCACGAGGAGACCGCCGCCCCGGAACCGGACCCCCGCGCCGACCGAGCCCGGGCCGCCUGGGUGAACAGCGAGCCGCUUCCCUCGCCCCCCCGCCCGCCGCCCCCCCGGCCGCAGCCCCGGGUUCCGGACCAGAGGAGCGUCAUGCCCGUGACGGCGCCCUGGGCGGGACGCUCGUCCCCCAUCCCCGUCCCGCCCCGCACGCCCCCCGCCAUCGAGGAGGAGGAGGAGGAGUCGGAGCGCGAGGAGGCGGUGGACCGGGCGCUGUCCCGGCUGAGGAGGCCCGGCUCGUCCGACGGUCCCGGGCUCAGCGACGUGAGCGUCUCCACCUCCUCGUCCGACUCGCUGGACCUGUUCACCCCCGGCGUCUUCCUGGCGGGGGGCAGCCCGCCCGCGCGGGGAGGGGGCGGGGCCGCGGGCAACAGCAGCUCCGAGGAGGACGAGGAGGAGGAGACGGGCAGGCCGAGCGCGAGGAGCGCCUCGGAGGGGGAGGUGAGGCCCUGGAUGCCGGAGCGGAGGACCAGGAGCUUCGUCCUGCUCCGGAUGCGGAGGAUGAGCGGGGUCUUCACCUCCUUCAUGACCCCCGAGAAGAAGACGCUGUGGCGCAUCGUGGGCCUGUCCCAGGACAAGGCCUCCUACUUCGGCUGCCUGGUGCAGGACUACCUGAGCUUCCUGCAGGAGAACCGCAGCAGCCACACCUCCGGCGAGGACCUGCUGCAGACCCUGCGCCAGUUCAUGACCCAGAUGAAGGCCUACCUGUGCCAGAGCUCCGAGCUGGACCCGCCCAUGGAGUCCCUCAUCCCCGAGAGCCAGAUCGACCAGGUGCUGGAGAAGGCCAUGCACAAGUGCGUGCUGAAGCCGCUCAAGGGCGUGAUCGACGCGGCUCUGCGCAACUUCCAGGUGAGCAGCGGGGCGUGGCAGCAGCUGCGGGAGAACCUGGCGCUGGCCAAGGCCAAGCGGCCGCAGGAGCUGGGCGUGGACGGCGCCGUCCCCCCGGACCCCGAGGCCAUCGAGCGGAUUCGCCUCAAGCUCCACAACAUGUGCAAGAUGUACUCCCCCGACAAGAAGGUGUCCGUGCUCCUGCGCGUCUGCAAGCUCAUCUACAACAUCAUGGAGAAGAACUCAGGGAGGAUGUACGGCGCGGACGACUUCCUGCCCAUGCUGACCUACGUCCUGGCGCAGUGCGACAUGCCUCAGCUAGACGCUGAGAUCCAGUACAUGAUGGAGCUGCUGGACCCCUCCCUCCUGCAAGGAGAAGGUGGCUAUUACCUGACCAGCGCCUACGGAGCCAUGUCCCUGAUCCGAAACUUCCAGGAGGAGCAGGCAGCCCGCGUGCUGAGCUCCGAGACCCGCAACACGCUCCACCAGUGGCACCGCCGACGCACCACCGAGCACGUGCGGCCCUGCAUCGAAGACUUCCAGAACUACCUGCGGGUGGCGCUGCAGGAGGCCGGCAGCGGCUGCACGGCCAAGACGCUGGCGGUGGGGCCCCUCUUCACCGCCGAGGAGGUGUGCCAGCUGUGCGCCCGCAAGUUCAAGGUGCCCGACCCCGAGGACCACGCCCUCUUCCUGCUGGUCGGGGACUCCAGCCAGCAGCUGGCCCCGGACACCCGCCCGCAGAAGAUCAAGGCCGAGCUGCACAGCAGGCCCCACUCCCAGCGCUUCCACUUCGUGUACCGGAGGGUGUCUGAGCCCCUCCCACCCAGCGAGACCCGCCCCCCGAGCUGAGCGGGCUCAGACUGUGGUACAGACCAGAGCCCUUUCGUUUAGGCGAAGCAUCUCCGCCCGCUGCUGGAACCGCACCGAGGGUCGGCCACGCUAAUAAAAGGCGCUGCCGCUGGGACUCGUAGUUCUUUUUCUCCCUGCACUUCUGGCCGCUUCCUGGGGGAAAUCGGCGAGUCGGCAGGACUGCCGCGCCGGAGGAGGAAGCGGGGAAGGUGCGGGUUUCUGACUCUGCGGUCCGCAGUUUUUUUUCCGCUUUAAUUUGAAGCCUUUGGAAACCGUGCGUGCUGGUGACUCAUUCACAUGGCGGAAAUGGGCUAGCACUUUAGCCCGACCACAAAGCUAACAGCUAACAGACUGUUGCAGAUUUAAGCCACAAGAACUAGAUCAGCUGUACAAAGCAGGCUUCCUUGGGAAUCCUAAGCAGGGGUCCUUUAAUGUGUUCAGGCAUGCUGAGGGUAGCUACGCGGGGGUCCUUUAAUGAAUUCUUCCACAGCUUAGGGUAGCCUUUAAGUUAAAGUACCUGCAUUUUAAGACUGUUGGGAGUGUGGGUUCUGCAUGCUACCUCUCCUCCUCCCAGACAACAUACUGCAUUUUAUACUGUUGACCUAAUGGAGGCAUCAACAGUAACUGCUCUUAAACUGGCAGGAUCAAGCAGCAUUCUGGGAUUUGUAUAGUCUCCUUCUGUAAGAUCGUCCAGCCAUCUGAGUGCUGUACCUUGCUGGUAUUUUUCAUCCCUGUAUAAAGACUUACAGUGAUAUGUUUCUCCCAACUGAAGGUAACAAAAAAUAGAAUGUAUAUAAGUGUACAGUAAUUAUAUAUUUUUAUUUUGCAAAUUUGCUUUUGACACAUUUUCUGUCCAGUUGCUGGUAAACUGUAUUAUACAGAUGAUUCAUUUUUUAUAUGAAUUAAUACAAUACAUAUUUUCAAUGUAUUUUUUAAAUUCGAGGAAGCUAGCAUUGCUGCCAGUGAUUGCCAGAUUCUCUCCAAUUAGUUUGAUGUCUAAAAUGCUAAUAUUAACAAUUUGGGAAUCCCUACUCUAAAUGUGUAAUAUUUGCACAUAAAAAAUGUCAAAAUAAGAGCAGUCUGAAGUGUGUGUAAUGUUCACCAAAGCCAGGGAAGCCACAGAAACAAGGUACUGACAAAAUGAGGCAGGAUACUAAAUAUCAGCAUUAUUAUUGAGAUGAUGAAUGACAUUGCUGUUAUUAAACAGUGCAUUAUCUGUCUGGUCUCAUCCCAAAGGAGAGCACUGGGUACUUACGUGUGGAAGGACCCUUUCUGGUUUGAAAUGGAAAGGUCUGCCAGGGGUUUGAGAACGCUUAGGGGAUUUUGUUCCAUUGGAGCAGAACUCUAGCAGGAAGUGCAAUCGGCCGUAACCAGCGUUGAGCACACCGAGGCCGUGUCCUUGGUUUUUUUUUUUCUUGUCCAUUUCUAAAGCCUGUGUUUCAUUUCUUUCUUUAGUGAGAUCAUCAGUUACAAUUCAUUCAUGAGGGGAAUGAACGGUGUUUAAUAAUUUUCUCAAAUUUAAGCCUAAUCUGGACGCCCAUGUACGGCUUUUACACUCAGAAAUGCAUCCUCGAUUAAAUGACGAAAUUAAAGGGAAAAAGAGCAUACUCCAUCUUAACCCCCCACCCUCACCCCACCUCACCACCCCACCACCUGACGCCUCCCCAGCUGAGUUUCUCGACCUCUGUGUUUUUAAAGUCCUGGUUACACUCCUGAGUACAGUGAUAUUAUUACAGUUAUCAACCAAAGGUGUAAGAGAAAUACUAUCAUUAAUUACAAUAAUUAUAGUAGAAGGACAAUUAAAUUAUUACCUUAAAAUAUAAAUCUCUUCUAAAUUUAGAUUAGAAGGCGUUCUUUUUUUCACACCCUGUUUUUUAACCCUGAAAGGUUAAGAAGUUGCUGGAAGAUUCUUAAAGAUAUAUCUCACCAUUGAAUAUACCAUGAUAGUGCCUAAAAUAGGACACAAAUAGCCUGAUGUUAUGUGUGAUUGUUAAUGUUUUGCAUAAGUUGGUGCCAAGACAUCGCAAACUGAACUGAGCUUUUAGAAAUAACUAAAAUGCAUAAAAACUCACAUAAACCAAACCAUACUCAAUGGCUUUAUAUUCUUUUCUUUUCUGGGGAGGGGGGUUAUAAUUUUAUUCCCAAUUUAACCAAAAGUUUAAGGAAAAUAAGUUCCGUGAGUGAUCUACACAGGACGUUCAUGGCCAGUACACUGGUAAACACUGUCAAAAACACUAUGAGUUUAGUUUUUUUUGAAAAUGUAGGUUUGACUGGAAUGUCGAAAUUGUAUUUAUGCAUUUGUGUAGCUCCUUUAAUAUAAAAUGUUAAUAAACAAUCUGUAAAAUAUGUAUUUAUGGUCUGUGCCGGAAUUUUCACAGAUAACUUUAUAAUAUGCCAUUUAAUGUGUCGAUAUUUUGUGCUUUUAUGUUGAGUCCAUUUGGGAAAGGCGUGUAAAGUAUUUGUUUUUAGACACCAUGAAAGCCAUUUCUUUUGUCGUUCCUGUAUCCUGUAUAUAUUUCAUUUACAGGUAGGCUAGUGGAUAGCAGUAACAUGUAUAGACCUGUUUGUGUUCCGUUUCCUUCUUUGACUGUCCUUGGCCGAUGGCAGUAUAAAUGAAUAAACUGAUUACCGAUUCC